GAUUUCUUCUCCCCGCCCCUCGUCCGCCGGGUCUGCAAACGGCACCGCCGAAACGGCAGCGCGGCCGUCGCCUCGCCCGCAUCUCUCGCUCGCGCGCCCGCCCGCGGCGACGAAGACAGGACGGUGGCGGGAGUGACAAGUGAGGAAACUCUCCCGGGGGAGGCACUCCUCUUAGUCCACACGCGAGUCGCCAAUACAAGGCAGCGUUUUAAAGCCGGUGGCGAGUGGCGACGACCCGUAGCUAGCAAUUAAACCAGCAGGCGUUCCGUUUCGUUCUCUUCCCUUCCCCUCUUUCCUUUGGCCGUCGAUACAUCUCUCUCCCCUCCCCUCGGCGGCCAUUAAUUGGACGGGAUAUCGAUUUCUCCCUCCCUCCGCGGACGAUCUAGCUCUAGCGAGAGAUAAGUGUUGUGUCUGCGUUGAGAGGGAGAGGCAGGGAGAAAGGCGGCCAUGACCACCGGCGGGAACGGGGAGGAGCAGCAGGGGCGGAGGCUGUUCGGCGUCUCGCUCACGGACAGGCCCGUGUGGCAGCAGUUCCUCAUCUGCUCCUCCGGCUUCUUCUUCGGCUACCUCGUCAAUGGCAUCUGCGAGGAAUACGUCUACAACCGGCUCCAGUUCAGCUAUGGGUGGUACUUCACGUUCGUGCAGGGCUUCGUGUACCUGGGGCUGAUCCGGCUGCAGGGGUUCACGGUGAAGCACAUGGUGAACCCGUGGCGGACCUACGUGCGCCUCUCUGCCGUGCUCAUGGGAUCCAACGGCCUCACCAAGGGCUCCCUCGCCUUCCUCAACUACCCCGCCCAGAUCAUGUUCAAGUCCACCAAGGUGUUGCCGGUGAUGAUAAUGGGAGCAUUUAUCCCAGGAUUAAGACGCAAGUACCCGUUCCAUGAGUACGUGUCAGCGGUGAUGCUCGUCAUCGGCCUCAUACUUUUCACGCUCGCGGAUGCGCAAACGUCGCCUAAUUUCAGCAUGAUCGGUGUGGCCAUGGUGUCCAGUGCACUCAUCAUGGAUGCCUUCCUUGGUAACCUGCAGGAAGCCAUCUUCAAGAUGAACCCAGACACCACACAGAUGGAGAUGCUGUUCUGCUCAACUGUUGUUGGCCUGCCUUUCCUCGCUGUGCCAAUGGUGUUAACAGGGGAGCUUACGACGGCGUGGAGUGCGUGUUCUCAGCACUUGUACGUGUACGCCGUGUUGGUUUUCGAGGCGAUGGCGACGUUCGUCGGGCAGGUGUCUGUGCUGUCCCUCAUCGCGCUCUUCGGGGCCGCGACGACGGCCAUGGUAACGACGGCGAGGAAGGCGGUGACCCUGCUCCUGUCGUACCUGAUAUUCACAAAGCCCAUGACGGAGCAGCACGUCACGGGGCUCCUGCUGAUCACCAUGGGGAUCGUGCUGAGGCUCCUGCCGGAGGACAAGGAGAAGAAAGGCAUGGCCGAGCGCCAGCAGGCGAAGGCGCAGCGUGGCGAGGAGAAGCGGCGGGGAGACGGAGUAGAGGAGACAUCGCCCUUGGUAUGAUCGGUGACUUGGAUGAGCUGAACGAAUAACAAAUCAGAGUGCAGGAUUUGGCCAACUCUGCUUUUGUGAACCUUUGUCCAGUUUGUGUUGUUUGAUGUCGUGGAACUGUUUUGGGGAUUGUAACUUGUAAGUUAAAGGGACAAAUCAGACUGCAGGAUGGAGAUGAUCACAGAUGGAUUAGAUGUUGUUAAUCCUUUUGCCUUAGGUCUCCGUGACAAUAUAUCAUGGACAACUGAGAUUAUCUAUGAAGUGGAAAAUCACAUAAAAUUCGUUAAA